CCUUAUCGUAAUCAUAACCAGGGACCCCUGUAGAACUUUUUUAUCAAUCGCAUUUAAUUUUUCGAUAAGUUGGGGGGGCAUAUCAUAUUCUAUCAUUCUACUCGUACAUAUCGUCACGAAAACUUCGAUAUCCCUACUUCCUUGUUAUACGAUACUCUUGUCGUCAGCUCCUUAGAGAAGUUGUCAUGACCGGACCAACAUGCGGGACAGCUCAUGAGAAUCUUUACUCAAAUUGACGGGUCGAUUUACGGCGCGAUACGCUCUUAUAGACCCUCGCCAAGCUCCACUUUGACUCUCUCAUUACAUCGCACAAGAAUACGUGAUGAUUACACGGAAGCCGCAUGUACUUGCUUCCCCGCUAUCGCUAGAUGUUUCUGUACGGGGCGGGAUAGAAAGAGGCAUCAUGUCUCCUGUGCUUCUAUUUCCAAGAGAUCUUUCAGCUCGACGAUAGCAUCAUCGCGGGGUCGCCCUUGGAACUCCGGCUUUUUCAAACCGAAUCUUCCUUCCAACCGUAAAUGGAACCAUGCAUCUGCGCACAAUACUAUCAGCCCUUCACUAUCACAAGAAACUCGGCCGAAACAUGAGCUUCUGGAUAUCGUUGGGUCGUAUGAGGAUACGACUGUGGAGGAGCAUCUUGAGUUCUUAAGGGACCCUUACAUGCGGAGAUUUGCGCCUGCCGAUGGUCCACAUCUUACCGUCUCCGACAGGGCCGAAGAUGCUGACCUCCAGUCUGUUCACCCCAGGGAGACAAUGGAUCCCGAGCAAGCCGAAAGAAUUCGAAAUCUACAAGAAGCCGUACUUCUUAAGCUCAGGCGCCCUGCGUCCAUAGAUUUAGACACGGUAUAUGAUCUAUACUUGUCACUUAUGGAGCCUCGAAUACUUCAAAUCACAGCUAGGUUGAGACAUCAGUUACUCGCAGUACUGGGCAUGGCUGAGAAGAGAAAUUCGAAGUCUAUGUUACGAUAUUUUACUGUCGUGACAGACAUAAAGAAUGGCGGUUUCCCCUUGACUAGACCUGAAUGGAAUACCGCCAUGUCGUUUGCGAGUCGAUAUGUUGGGAGAUCAACAGAGGUAGAAGUCGAAGCGGCGCUUCAGAUUUGGCGUGAAAUGGAACAUGAAGCCGGCAUCAGGGGAUCCGAAGUCACGUUUAAUAUCCUGUUUGAUGUGGCAUCAAAAGCCGGCAAAUUCGGUCUCGCGGAGAUGAUCUACCAAGAAAUGGGUACGCGAGGUUUCCAAUUCAACCGAUAUCACCACGUCAGUCUCAUCCACUUCUUCGGUCUUAAACUGGAUUCUGGUGGCGUAAGGGCUGCUUAUAAAGAAAUGGUCGAGUCUAGCGAAGUUAUAGACUCAACCGUACUGAAUUGCGUCAUAUCUGGUUUUCUGAGAUGCGGAGAGGAAUCAUCUGCCGAGAGGGUGUAUGAAAAAAUGAGAGAGUCGGCUCGAGGGACUGAGGUGUUACCGGAUCUCAACUACACAAUGCAGAAGGUCAUCACCAAGGUGCUUAUGAUGUUUGCAAAAAUUGGGACUAAACACCCCGAGAUGCGAUCCAGUUUCCAGAAGACCGCGUUGAUUUCCCCAGAUCUACAGACAUAUCGCUUCUUAAUUAAUCAUUAUGGAGCAAGGUUAGGUGAUCUUCCUAAGGUCGCGCAAUUCCUCGACGAGAUGAAGUUAUGCAACGUCCCGCUGCAUGGCGCAAUAUUCCUUGCACUCUUCAAGGCAUUCGGCAAAUAUGGGAGAACUGGAUCGGACUGGUCAGAACAGAGACUGACUAGUGUAUAUAAUGCCUUCCUAGACGCCCUCGACGCCGGAACUGAGGGUUUAUACAUUAACACAUGGAUGGCAAUGGCCAUAUUGAGAGCAUUCUCCAGAUGCUCAUCUCGAGAUGAACUCUUAGACAUAUAUGAAAGUCUAAGACAGAGGUGGAAACUAGAUCCGAUGGACUCAGAAUUCAUGAUGAAUUUUCUGACAAAGGUCAUAGAGGAACCCCGGUUUGUUGUACGCUCUAAAGGCUAUUCGUUAUGAUACAGGAAAAGAGGAAUGGAUCAUAUAGAUGUAAACUAACGGCCGGAGGCAAUAUCUGUGAACAAGAGAUACCCACGACCUGUACAUAUACUAUAAAAUAUAUAUUUGCCUGUAAAUAAGUAUUCAAUGAAAUACAUCAUUUAACUGCUGAGGCAAACUACACAUCGUAAACAUCUGGUCCAACGUCAUGAAUCGUAUCCGAUGUUUUAAUAGUG